UCGUCCUCAUGGUGUACAGCGUGGCCUCCUGCACUCAGUGGAUGCUCUGCUGGGGGCAUUUUCGUAGCUUCCACCAGAGGAAAAGUUCCCUGCCUCCAUAAACUGCUUUCAGUCCCUAGAGAAUUUAAAGGAUUUUCAGCAUACACACCACACGAAAAACACCACAGUAAUAGUCAUGGCAGUCCAGCAACAGGUUGUCUCAGUGACAAACUACACAAUGAAUAGUUCUGGAACAUGGACCACAGGCCUCUGCGACUGCUGCUCAGACAUGGGCACAUGUUGCUGUGGUUUGUGGUGUUUCCCCUGCCUGCAGUGUCAGACCGUUUCUCAGUUCGGCUGGUGUUUCUGCUUGCCCCUUCUGGACUGUUGCCUGAGCCUCUCCUGCUGCCUCCGCAGCAAGAUAAGAGAGCGCUACGGCAUUCAUGGCUCCUGGUGUGAUGACUGCUGCACACUGUGUUUCUGCUACCCAUGUGCCUGGUGCCAGAUGUCUCGCGAGAUAAAGAUCCGUGCUCGCGCCACAACUUCGCCACAGGUCAUCACAACUGUGGUUACUCAGCAGGUUCGUGCCUAAGCGCACUGCCAAAGGAAUCUGGCCUUUUACUGUUUGAAAGUUCAAAAUGUCCAGAGCAUUUAAGAGGGAAGACAAAACCUGUGUAAAAGCAAACAUUAAUGCAUCUUAAGCAUCUUAAGCUAUGUAACAACUAAUUAUCAUAAUAAUAUAAUAACUGCCUUUUAGUUCUCUUUUGUUGUCCAGUUUUCAGUUCCAGUCGGAUUCUCUCUUUUUUUUCUGCAUUUUGUGUUUUCUUGCCACAGUUUUAAUACUUUGAUAAAUAAAACAUGGGAUUGUUAAGAAAGAUUUGUGUCGUUGGUUUAUCGUACAAAUGUAGACACUAUUCAUGGCACUGAUGGGUCCUACUUUUUGCUUUUAUACUCUAUUUAGUAAACAAUCCUUGAAGUACAACCCCAGUUCCAAAAUUUGGGAUGCUUUGGAUGUAAAUGUAAAUGAAUGUAAAUAAAAACAGAACGCAAUGAUUUGCAA